GCGGGGUGAGUAUGAGUUGGAGGCGCAGACACCGCAUGGACGCUGUGGAGAGUUGAACGGUCGUCUGCAGGUCAAACGUGGAUCUCGGCGCUGAGAGACAAGAGAGCCAGAAUUGCCCGGUGCCCUGGUGUAGAACCCCCGCAGGAGGACAGUAAACGACAUCAUGACUGACAGGAAGGCAGUGAUAAAGAAUGCUGACAUGUCUGAGGACAUGCAGCAAGAUGCUGUGGAUUGUGCUACACAGGCCAUGGAGAAGUACAACAUUGAGAAAGACAUUGCUGCAUACAUCAAAAAGGAGUUUGACAAGAAGUACAACCCCACGUGGCAUUGCAUCGUGGGGCGGAACUUCGGCAGCUACGUGACGCAUGAAACUAAGCAUUUCAUCUACUUCUACCUUGGUCAGGUGGCCAUUCUGCUCUUCAAGUCAGGCUGAGGGCCAGCCUCUUCUUUUCAUCCAACAAAUUCUGAGCUUAGGCUCCAAACCUGGACUGUGAUGCACUGAUGACUGAAGCCACAUACACUGAUAAAUACAUACACACACCCACACACACACACACAUGCAUACAGACGCGCACACACUUACUCAUCAUAAUAAAAUGGCUAUAGAGGCUGUGCAUAAGUGCAUGGACCGUGUACAAUAUUUAAUUUGUAUAUGUUGCAAUAUGACGUUUGCUCUUUGGUAGUUGCACAUGUGUUAAAGCAACUUUCUUUUUCCUUUUUCUUUUGCUAAGUAUUUUUUCAAAGUCAGAAUUAUUUUUUUUGCUCUGAAGAUGUACAAAAUGCUUCGACUGCUGCCUUUAAGUAAUAUUAAAGAAUAAUGUCAUACA